UCCAGCAAAGUGGGCCGUUGUUUGACAGUUAUCAUUUGUGUGUAAACAAAACUAGUUUUGAUUUGUAUUAUUUUUUCCUGGUUGAAAAUCUUCUAAAAUGAAUAAAACUUCUGAUAAAAUGUUUCCUCGUAAAGAUAGCAUAACCCGUAUAAGUAAAAAUGAACCUGGACGAAAGGAAGUGCCUCGUCCUAGAAGUAGAAGUGUAUUUACCAAUUCGCAUGUCAGUGAUGAAGCGCAUGCUAGAGAUGCCGUAAAGUUCGAGGGGGCACCGUCCUGGCCUCCCUACGUGCCUAAACCUAUCACAGUGAAGAAUUACUUAACAGAGGAUUUCAAUGACUAUUACGGUGAUGAUCAGUAUCAGAUGAGCGGGACUGUGAUUUCCCCACAUGGAGUGAUCACUUUGCGACUAAACGAGCGCAUCAGAGUGGACAUUUCGCCUGAUAAAGCCGUUCGAGUGGCAAAUGCCAAGAAUGGAAUCGUUUUGGCUUUGAGUGCUAGCGGAUCUUCAUCCGGACUAAUUCACCCCAAUGGUCGCGUUUAUCAGUACGGCUCUAGAGUGGAGAUCAUGGCGAACGAUAGUCAAGGAAAUGAUAAAUUUGCAAAAAUGUGGUACAAAGGAGUCAGCUUUAGCAGUAUGCAGUGCGCUUUAGUAUAUUUGGUGGACUCGGCAGGAACAAGGACAACUACCGACUCAUUCAACGACCUGUCUCAGCAGGAUUUUACCCUGAAUAUUUUCUAUGAGGAUUCUCCUUACUUGGAUCAAACGCCAUCGCCUACUACGACUACACAACUGGUCAACGAAGCAGUCAGUAUUCUGCAGGCAACCAACUACUGGUAUACAGAGGACGGCACUGAAAACUGGAUCAUCAACAACGUGAGAAUUUCCCAAACUGCCGAUGGACUAGUGCGUGUGGGUAGAAACAGCAACAAAUUCUCUUUGCGCACGUCUCCAACCAAUGGCUCCGCCUCAAUCUCUUCGCCCUACAUGCACUGCACCGGCUCUAUGGGCCAGACACGUCACUUGUUUGUGCGAAGAGGCGAACGCCGCAUGCACUAUGAUGGGUCCACAUUUAUUGUGCGCAAUGCCGGCCAUUCAGCUGGUUUUGAUGAAAAACAUCAACUAAAGGUAUACUGAUAACCACCAAGGUAAUACCGAAACGUCGUUGUUAAUUGUAACUGAUCCGGGUAGGUGUUUUCAUUCGUGUAUUUCAUGUGGGGUUUACAUAUCGUGUCGUGUUGCUUUCUUUGCCGAUACUUUAUGGGCAAAGAAGAGAAUUGAAUUAAAUUGUUCGUUUCGAUCACUUGCGGGUAGUUUUACUGAUAUGUAACUGUAUCUUGUGUUAGAAAUAAAUGCAUUGUACCAGUUGAAAA